AUGAAGCUCUAUGAAGACGGGUUCCAGGUUAUCAAGAAGGCGAUUACGGAAGCACAGGCCGCAGCGAUUCGACUAAAGCGUGGGGCCGAACAAGACGAGCUCAGGUUGCAGGCGUACGUCCCGCAGUGGGAAGAAUCCGAUGAUCCGUUGGUGCCAAUCGAGACCGCAGUGAAUGGCUGUGCCUCCGGAUACAACGAACACUGGGUCAUUCGUCCUGGCUCGUGGGUGUUUCUGAAGUCUUUCCCGGGUGGCCCUCAGCAGCAAGUCCAUAGGGAUUUUCUAAACAGCGAAACCGUUGAUGCUGACGAUGAAGAGCUGCCCGCGUUUGUUCUAAUCGCUUUGCAGAAUGGAACCAGACUCGCGACUUACGGAUGGAAUAACCGCCGACCACGAAAGGAGACUGAGAAGAUUGUAUCGCUAAACAAAGGAGACUUGGUCAUUUGCAGAGGUGAUCUCGCUCACCGCGGUGUUUCCUACGACUGCGUCAACAUCCGACUUCACUGCUAUUUGGAUGUUGAUCUCCCUGGGGUUUCCUACCGAUACAACAUGACUCAGCUCUGCCGAUUCCAGAUGUACGCAUGUCGUACAUGUUCAGUUGCAACUUUCGACAUGAAGUCAGCUCGGCGUGAGCAUGAGAACGGUUGCACAUAG